AUGACUUUGGUGGCUGCACCAAUAAAUUUGGGACGUAGGUUGGUAGUCGCGUGGGCUGGUGCAUUUGGACGCGAGAAUGCAAAUGCAUGGCUAAUUAGAGGAAAUAAGUACACUUCACACGCCACAAGAAUUAUCACCCCUAACACUGAGAAGGUAAACUUCCAUGAGAUCGUCGCAUUUGACUGCAGACGAGGCCUUUUUCAAGUUAAGACUGGACGUGGUAAUAGAGGAUCCCCAAAGGGUGGUAAAAUACAAAGUGUGGAUUUGAGAGAAAUGAAAUGGACUUGUAACAAACCCUUCAUAUAUCACUUACCUUGUUCUCAUGUUCUUGCCGUUUGUAUUAAAAGACACUUAUCGUAUGAGCGUUUUGUGGACUCUUGCUACACUAUCCAGAGCUAUGUAAAUACAUAUGAAUCCAUAUUCAUGCCGUUGAUUGAUAAGAGGUCAUGGCCUCAAUACAUCGGCGUUGAGGUGAUACAAGAUCCAGAUCACAUUCGUGGAAUAGUAAGACCUAAGUCAAGGAGGAUCACCAACGAGAUGGACAAAGGAUCAAGGAGACGCAACGCUUGUCGACGGUGUGGUUGUGAAGGUCACAACACUAGAACUUGCACGUUAAGGUAA